AUGGACGACGUUCUCGACCUCGACGCCGCCGCCGGUCUCGCCUCCCUCGCCUCGUCCGGCAUGCCGAUCGCCCCCUCCGGCAAAGGCAAGCCUCGUGCCCCGUGCAAGGCCACCGCCGCGCCCAAGCCAAAGAAGACGCUGACGCCCGAACAACGGGCAACAGAGUCGGCCAAGAGGAAGUACCGGAGGCACGCCGCGGACGCUAGGGAUGAAGCCGUCGCCGCCGCCGCGAGUGUUGGCGAGACAUUCGACAAGACCCCAAGACGGAGGAGGCUUGAGAUGGACGCGGAGAAGCAAACCAAGAUGCUUGGGAUGGAGGCGGAGAAGCAAGACAAGAUGCUAGAGAUCGAGGGCGCCAACGCCAAGACCAAGGCCAAAGAAGUGGCUCUAGCGAGCAUGAUGACCGGGGUGGAGAUCAUGAAGGUGGAUCUCAACACCGUGUCGCCAAGAAAGAGGUUGUGGUUCGAGAAGAUGCAGGCCGACAUGCUCAAGUUCACCGACGAGUGA